AUGCAGAGAUUUUUACCUCAGAGGUUGAAGCAGACAGAUUUUGUCUUUUUGUUUAAGGGAUCUCCAUUGACGGAUUUUCUCUACCCGUUCAAGAAAGCUGCCAAUCAAUGGGUGGCUCGAUAUAUGAUAAUAAUCUUUGCACUUAUAAUUCGGUGUGCUGUUGGCUUAGGUUCAUACUCGGGUGAAAAGACUCCACCAAUGUAUGGUGACUUUGAAGCGCAGCGUCACUGGCUUGAAAUCACCACGGGGCUUCCGAUAACGCAAUGGUACUUUUAUGAUUUGCAGUAUUGGGGGCUUGAUUACCCACCGUUGACAGCGUAUCAUUCAUGGCUCAUGGGAAAAAUAGGCAAACUUAUAGACUCUUCUUGGUUUGAAUUAGACACAUCGAGAGGAAUUGAGACCAUAGACUUGAAAUCGUACAUGAGAAUAACGGCGCUAAUUUCUGAGCUAAUCUUCUUUAUACCCGGAGUGAUUAUGUAUACACGUUGGAUGGGGCGUAAUCUUAACAAAGCACCUUCAAUUGAUCAAACAAUUAUUACAGCAGCAAUAUUAUUUUUGCCUGAUUUACAAAUAAUUGAUCAUGGCCAUUUCCAAUACAAUUCUGUCAUGCUAGGCUUGUCUUUACUGGCGCUUGUCAACUUGUUGCAUAAUAACCUUGGUCUUGCAUCAAUAUUCUAUACCCUUUCAAUCGGGUACAAACAAAUGGCCUUGUACUACGCACCUAUAUUUUUUUUCUACCUAUUAUCGUUGUGUGUUAUUCCCAAAUUCAAUAUGCUAAAAUUAAUUUACAUCUCUGUUUCAGUAGCAUCAUCAGUAUGUUUCCUGUUGGCACCAUUUUUAUACCACGGUGGACUUUCUCAAGUUAAGCAGAUAUUGCUCAGAAUGUUCCCCUUUGGAAGAGGUAUUUUUGAAGAUAAAGUUGGGAACUUUUGGUGUGCAACAAACAUAAUAAUCAAAUAUAAGCAAAUAUUCAGCACAACCCAGUUACAGAGACAGUCUCUCAUAUUGACUCUAAUUGGUAUUUCUCCAUCAUGCAUUGCCAUUUUUUUAAAGCCUGAUAAAAGACUCUUAUCUUGGUGUUUAGCAUCUUGUUCAAUGUCUUUUUAUUUGUUCUCUUUUCAAGUGCAUGAGAAAUCCAUUCUACUACCAUGGAUGCCUAUUGCUUUGCUAUUGAAUGAAGUUGAUAGUGAUGUUAUAUCUAUGGUUUGUUGGUUUUUCAACGUGAGCUUGUUUUCCAUGACACCUCUACUUAUUAGAGAUGGUCUCAUAAUGCAAUGCAUUGUAUUGUGUAUAUUGAGCAAUUGGCUAAUGGGAAAUUUAAGUUGGGUAAGGAAAUACACUAACAUUUUUGUUCCAUUUGUAUCUAAACGUGAUAACGCUAUUACCGUGUUACCACAUAGCUACUUCUGGAAGAUUGCAAUCAUUGGAUUUUAUCUUGGCGCAGGAGUUAUACUCACGUGUCAACUAUUUGUUGCACCACCUCUAAACCUACCAGACUUGUGGGUCAUUGGAAAUGUUUUAUUAUCCUUUGCUUCAUUUUUUUUGUUUUACCUUUGGACUUUUUACAAAAUUCAUGUGAUUUUCAAAUCAAAAGUAAAAAUAGACUAA